CCCGGCAGCGCUGGAGAGAGAAAGCAUCUGUGCUGUAAGAGUGAAAGCACACUGACUACUUCUUCUUCUCUUGUUUUGUGGACGGUGGCUCACUGUGAGGCAGACUACAUGUGAGUCUGUUGUUGGAGCAGAGGAGAUGCUGCUCUGUGUCAUGGCUCUUCUGCUUUAGUACUUGAGUGAACAGGAGAAUUGGAGCCAGUUGUUUUGUGGGACUCUCCGGGAAUGGCAAACUCCACGGUAUCCUUGGAAACAUCCAACUAGAUGACAAUGGCUGAGGCUAUCUGCUGCACUUUGGUGAACUGUAACUGUGACAGCUUCAAACCGGGGAAGCUGAAGAGGAGGCAGUGUGAAAACUGCAAACACGGCUGGGUAGCACACGCUCUGAGUAAACUGAAGGUGCAUCACAUGUACCAGAGCAGCCAGGUGGAGAUUGUGCACUCCAACGUGGUUUUUGAUAUCUGCAGUCUAAUGCUGUAUGGAACCCAAGCCAUUCCAAUCCGUCUCAAGAUUCUCCUGGACCGUCUGUUCUCUGUCCUGAAGCAAGAGGAGGUUAUCCAGAUCCUUAAUGCACUUGACUGGACUCUGCAGGACUACAUACGAGGAUACGUGCUCCAGGAUGUAGCAGGAAAGGUGCUUGACCGGUGGGCCAUCAUGACUUUUGAAGAGGAGAUUGCCACGCUACAGCAGUUCCUACGUUUUGGGGAAACCAAGUCUAUUGUAGAGUUGAUGGCUCUACAGGACAAGGAGGGACAGGCAGUACUGGUUCCCAGCACCCGCACCAACUCAGAUAUACGCACUUUUAUAGAGCGUAACACCCCACGCACUGCUGCCAACCUCUCUGCAUCAAAAGUUGAUAAACUGAGUGGUAACAGUAUGCAUCACUUUGAGAACUUCAUCAACAGCAUGGCAUUCAUGCUUCCAUUCCAGCUGUUAGGCUCUGUUCCAACACCGUUCCUUGGCUCCCCUACAGGAGGACUACAGCAACAGCACCAGCAACACCAGCAUCCAUGCCGUGGAUCAAUGGAGCAACAGAGUCAGAGACGAGAUGAUCAAGGGCGGGAUGGUUUAGGGAGGGAAAACCCCCUCUCUUUUUCACAAUCUUCAGAAAACAGCCUGCUAGGUUCCAGCUCUGUUUCAUUUACUGCUGAUAUAGACCGAAGUGGAGACAAACCACUUGACAGCCUCUCCACUACUACAAAGAUUGAGGCAGAGGACUUCUCAACCAGCGACAACUACUCCGAUGGGCCCUCAACUCCAUGCACCCCCUCUAUGAGCUCUGAUGUCACUCAGAUGUCACCGGAAGGAAAGUUGCGCUCCCUAGACAGGAACGUCAGUGGCAGUGGGGGAAGUGUUGGAGGAGGAGGCUCUCUGAAGAAGGGCCGAGUUUUUUGCAACGCCUGUGAGAAGACUUUCUAUGACAAGGGCACACUGAAAAUACACUACAAUGCAGUGCACCUAAAGAUUAAGCACAAGUGCACUAUUGAGGGCUGCAACAUGGUGUUUAGCUCACUGCGUAGUCGCAAUCGCCACAGUGCCAACCCAAACCCUCGGCUUCACAUGCCUAUGAACCGAAAUAACAGAGAUAAAGACCUGCGGAGCAGCUUGUCUGCUGAUGAGAACUCUCAAGGAGAGAAGAGGUCUGAAUAUGGAACCCAGAUUCCGGUCUGCUCUGCAGAAAGCCACAAAUCUGUGCCCAGUUACAUGGUGAGCCAUGUGGACUCUAAACUACACAGCAGCUCAUUUCCCAGUAUGAGCCAGAGUGGCAUUUUGUUCCCGAACUUAAAAACAGUGCAGCCGGUCCUACCUUUCUACCGAAGCCUGGUCACCCCUGCAGAGCUGGCAAACACCCCAGGAACACUACCUUCCCUUCCCCUGUUGUCCUCCUCUGUACCCGUCAAACCCAUCACAGCAUCUGAACCUUGCAUGAUGGACCAUAUACCAAAGAAAAAGUCCCGUAAGUCAAGCAUGCCAAUAAAGAUAGAGAAGGAGGCGAUGGAGCGAGAUGAGCAGAUGGAUAAGGACAACAGCUCAGAGGAUGAGGCUCCUUUACAAAGCCAUGAAAAAGAGGAGUAUGAUGUUAACCAAGCAGAAGGGCACAUGUGCCGAAGACAACUUGGGGAGGAAAAGGAGACUAAAGGGGAAGGUGAAGGAAAGGAAAGUGAGGGCUACAAGAGUCUGUUGGACCAAACUCUGGAGAGUGAAAUUACAGGAGGGGAGGACAAGGAUGACAGGCCAAAGGAUGUUGAAACUAAGGUUCUCUCUUGUUCUUCAUCCCCUUUUGAAAACAGACUGGUGAAGAAUCACUGUGACAACAACUUACUCUGUCAAGAACCCAGUGGCAAUGCAGAAAAGGAAGACAGGAAGCACAUAAACUCAGGAUGGGAUGGGAUCGAGAGCAGGGUGAGGAAUGGCAGCACGUCCCGGCUCAUAGACCAUGACAGGGAUGGUUCGGACAGCUGUGUCGAUGACUAUAGUGACCCAGCCUUGUCUCAUCUUGAUCCUGAUGCUGACCUGCCGCACCACUGUGAGAUCUGCAGUAAGACCUUUAAGAACCCCUAUAGUGUCAAGAUGCACUACCAAAAUGUCCACCUGAAGGAGAUGCACUUGUGUACAGUAGACGGCUGCAACGCUGCCUUCCCUUCCCGCAGAAGCCGAGACAGACACAGUGCAAAUUUGAAUCUGCACCACAAGCUGCUCACCAAAGAUUCCUUCAGUCCAACGAACACACUCCACUCACCAUCAUCCCAGUGUCGAGAUAGAGACUCUGUCAGUCUGGACUUCAGUGAAGACCAGCAGGACAGAGACCUGCCCCAUCGAGACCCUGUCUGCCAGACCUCUGUCAUUUUCCGAGGCCACAACCGUAUGGGCCUAGUCUACCCUAUGAGCAAAAUGUCGACAGCACCAUACAGUGCAGAGGCGUCUCCUUUAGGUGAGAUGGAGGGGUUAGGAGAAGGAGUAGAAGGUGUUGGGAGUGGGGAGGAUGGAGCAGUCCUAGACCUGAGUACCUCCUCUGCUCCGCCUCAUGGAGGUGGCAGUGCCAGAUCUUCCUGGGACUCUGAUGGGGCUGGUAGUGAAGAAGGUGAUGGGAUUGGAGAGGAUGAGGAGGCCCUCCCAGUUGAGGAAAGCGAUGAAAGCUGCGACGGGAUUAGUGUGGGGAGGUCUGGGAGAGAGGAGUUAGCACUCAGGGGAGAAAGGACCCUUGAGCAAAUUGGAGGAACACAAGGUGGGCUUCAUGGUGGUGGUGGUGGAUCUCCGAUAACCUGCCAUAUUUGCCAAAAGGUGUACAGCAACAAGGGCACAUUCAGAGCCCAUUACAAGACUGUCCAUCUGCGGCUGCUUCACAAGUGUAAAGUCCCCGGCUGUGACACAUCCUUCUCCUCUGUGCGAAGCAGAAACAGACACAGUCAGAACCCAAACCUUCAUCGGAACCUGACUGUGAGCUCAGGGGCAGCAAUGGACCAUGAGUAGAAACUCUUAUGCCAAGAUGUCUGAUUUCCUUUGUAAUAAUGUUCUUACUGUUGUUCUUUGGGCACCUAAAGGCUCAUCAAUUAGCACUUUUUACAUUCAAAGAAUCAUUCAUUCAGUGGAUUCAAAGAGACAAUCACAGUUUUCUUGUAGACAUAAAGCAACUUUAUUUCAAAACAUGAGGCAAAACUGACAAGACAUAUCAUCCAUCUGACUGUGCUUUAAAUCAUCGUAUAUAACAUCCAGACAUACACUCGUCAGUUACUUCCUUUUCAAAACUUAUAACUUAAAUUAAAAAAAUCCAUUGUGUUUUGUUGGGAUUUCUUCUUAUUGGUUUGCUUGACUGCCCACUUAAAAAUAAGAAAUUAUUUUGUGCAAACUGUUUUCUUCCCUGUCUCGGUGAGAUUUGAGCCAUGAGAUCACGAGAGAUUUUCUUAUGUGUUUGUCAUCAGAUGUCUAAAUCUUCCAUAUGAAAUUGUGCAUAUUGUCUUGAUAAAGCAGUAGUGAUGUAUACCAUAUGUGUGUCAUUUUAUUCAUCUGGAAAAAUGGUGUUCAAAAAGAAAAGCUAUAGUGUUGUGGUUUUGAACAAUAAGUUAUUGUCUGUUGUUUUAUGACCUGUCUUUUGUGUCAUGGGUGUUGCAUACUGCUAAAACUGACCAAAGAUUUUUUCAGUCCACAGUUGUGUAUAGAAAGCCCUUCAUACUGUAUGUGGGGUAUGCAGUAUUUAAACGGUCUGUCCACUCUCAUCUCCUUUUUGAUUUUUUACAGAAUUCAGAUAAAGAAUUUUAAAGUUCAGCCCCAAACAAAGAAAGUACAAAAUUAUCUUGGGAUGAUUAAGGUGUACAAUUUUUCUUCUUUUAUUGAACCAUUUUUGAAGUGUUUCUAUAAGCUUGCAGUAUCCGACUGACCAGACAAACAGCUUAAAAUCUGCUGUCUGGAGGCUAAACGCAUGUACUGUGAAUGAGUCAAACACUGAGAAAAUUAUAAUGCAUACACAUGAGCACAUCCAGAAACAGAACUGAUUAUUGAACUGUAUAUUCUGUGAAUAGUGUUAUUUGUUAUCUGAAAUAAACCAAAAAAUAUAAAGUACAUCAAUGUUAACCACUGAAUUUUUUUUAUGUUUUUUUUUCAGAAACGAAUAAAAAGGAAAAAUGUCAUUGUCUGAUAACUUUUUCAUGGUUUGCAAUUUCAGUUUUGCUCUGUAUUUUACAUAUUUUUUUCAGUCUGUAUUUAAAUUGAAGGGGCAAGAUCCCACUUGUUGUUUGUUAAAUUUGUUUAAAAGAGACCAAAAUGGACAUAUGGUGUUGAAUCAUGUUUCCUUUGAUUUAAUGUAACAAUAUAAUUCAAACUUAAUAAAAAAGCCAUAUGUUUACAAGCCUUAUUCUAUUUAAUUUAUAAAACACCAAAAUAAUGCAACUAUGUAUGUUUGUAUGUGCAUUUUUAAUCAAAUGCUGUCAAUUUUAUUCAAACUAAUCCCAAUUAAUGGUGA